AUGGUCCAAGAUGGCUUCCUGCUGCUAGUCGGCACCUUCAGAUCACCAGAGGUCUACACGCUUCUGUUCAAGCCCGCAUGCCGGGCCGGUGGCGACGCCUCCCUCACGGUGGCCAAGACCUCCCCGGCCGUUGGGGGCCACUCGUGGCUCGCCCUGUCCCGGGACAAGACGCGGCUGUACACGACGUGCUGGACGGACCCGCCCUCGGUGGCCUCGUACCGCAUCCGCGACGACGCCUCGGUCGAGCUCCUGAACCAGAAGCCCGUCCGCGCCCUGAGCGGCUACGUCGCCGUCACGGGGAGGUACCUGUACUCGGCGGGCGGCCCCACGGGCGAGGUGUUCAGCCUGGCCGCCGACGGGAGCAUCGGCGCCCUGGCGCAGGAGGUCUCGUUCCGCCGGCCCGAGGAGCUUGACGACGGGAAGCGCAACGGGGUCGCCCACGGCAGCUUCGGCGGCCUGCGCCACGGCUCGCACUCGGUCGACCUCUCGCCCGACGGCCGCAGCCUGUACGUCGCGGACAUCGGCCACAACUGCAUCUGGACGUACUCGGUCGACGAGUCCGAGGGGGGCGAGGGCAGCAAGGGCGGCAGCAGCGAGGCUCCCCGCCCGCCCUUGACACUUGGGUCCAAGCACAUCUCCCCGCGCCCGCACGACGGGCCCCGCCACACGUGGCCGCACCCGAGCGGCCGCGUGCUGUACUGCGUGCAGGAGCACAGCAGCAUGGUGGACGCGUUCCGCGUGGCCGCCGACGGCGUCACGCUCGAGCACAUGCACGGCUUCGACAUCCUGCCGGAGGGGAAGCGGUGCGAGGACUUCUGGGCCGACGAGGUGCGGCUCAGCAACACCUCCAAGGACGCGAGCAGGCCGCGGUACCUGUACGCCUCGACGCGCGGCCUGCAGCCCGGGACGAAGGGGUACGUGGCCGCCUACGAGCUGGGCCCAGACGGGGGCAUCGCCGGCCCGGCCGUCGACAUAUUCGAGACGAGGACGAGCGGCGGGCUCGCUAACGCCAUCGAGCCCGCGCCGGGCCCCAUCUCGGACACGGGCGAGGAGUUUGUCGCCCUGACGGACAGCGAGCAAGGGUUCGUCGUCAUACUUGGCUUCGACGGCACCAAGUUCAGGGAGGUCGCCGCGACGAAGCUGGAGCGCGAGGGCGGCGAGGUGGCACAGGCCGCGACGGCCGUCUGGCUGUCUGAAUUUUCCGAGCGUCAUCACGCAGGGUAUAUUGGCGGCACUGUGCUCGACCACCUGGUCAGGAGGGAGGAGCCCAGCAUCAAGGCCUUAACCAUCGACGUCUUGAUUCGGAAUAAUAAGGCGGCCGAGAAACUCAACAAGGCAUACGGGAACCGUGUCAGGCCCAUCUUGUGGACUGGUUUCACGGAUAUUCCCCUUGUCGCCGACAUGGCUGCAAAUUACGACAUAAUCAUCAAUGCCGGCACCGGCUUCGUCCCAGACGGGGCCAAGGCUCUCAUCCACGGCCUGGCCCGCCCCACUUCGCCGGCCUUGCCUGUGCCGUGGAUGCUCCAUACCUCAGGGUGCUCGAACCUAGCCGACCGACCCCUGACCCAGACUGCCCACCCCGACAGAGCCCGGGACGACGCCGACAGCAAGGCGGUCUACGAGUUCCUCGCGGCCGAAGACGCCCGCGACCCGUACCCGCAGAGGACCACCGAGGUCAGCGUGCUCGCAAGCGCCGAGGUGGCAGGCGUGCAGGCGGUGAGCCUGAACUCGCCGUGCAUAUUCGGCACGGGCACCGGCCUCUUCAACCGGCAGGGCUUCAUCGUCCCGCUCUUCACGCGCUACGUCGUCCGGCACGGGCACGGGUUCAAGCUCAAUGAGACGGCCAGCUUCGACUGGGUGCACGUGCAGGACCUCGCCGGGGUCUACGUGCUGCUGGUGCGUGCCAUUCUUGAGAGGGAGGACCACGGCGUGGGUUACAUCCCCACCGGGAGACACGGCAUUAUCUCUACUGCCGUGGGGCGGGUCCUGCAGACGGGAAUGAUGCGGCUGUGCCUGGACGCUGCGUUUGACGCUGGCGUCUUGCCUCGCGAGGACACGCCUAAGGGGCGGAGGAGAUCAUGGGCGGCCUCGUGGAUAUGGCUGAGCGGAGUUGGGCAGGGCACAAGGUCAUGA